CGCUAAACAGCGUACGCGUACGCGUAUUUGCGUUCUUCCGGUACUUCCGUCGUCUUGCGGUCCACGAUCGCUUCAGUGCGAUGAAGAUUGUUUCGUUACUGACGUGCCGGGCGGCGUGUGGCUUUCGUGGCCUGUGAUGUGUACAGCGUACUUUAGCUUGCUGGCUUCGAACUGUGAACAUCUGUGACACAGGCAUUCGAAAUGCACACUUUAAUCGUUCUCGGCAUCAAUGUGACGAUGUCAACUUUCGCUCAUCUAGUCACGCUCAACUUAAUACCUCGUUUCAGAGCAAUGUUUAUUAAAGCCGGACUAUCAGGUGUGGACAUGAGCAAAACAACCAAAGCCAAGGUGCCAGAAUCUGUUGGAGUGAUAUCAGCGACGGUCUUCUUAAUUACUAUGUUCCUCUUUAUCCCUGUUCCCUUCUUCAACUAUCUGACUGAAUCCUCAAGCUUCCCACACAGUGAUUUUGUCGAGCUUCUGGCGGCGCUACUGUCCAUCUGCUGCAUGCUGCUGCUGGGCUUUGCGGACGAUGUGCUGGACCUCAAGUGGCGGGACAAGCUGCUGUUGCCAACAUUGGCAUCUCUGCCAUUACUCGUCGUCUAUUACGUCACCUUCAACAACACGACCAUCAUUGUGCCCAAGCCCUUCCGCUUUGUGCUUGGCAAUGACCUGUGGCUUGGUCCAUUAUACUACAUAUACAUGGGCAUGCUUGCUGUGUUCUGCACAAAUGCCAUCAACAUUCUUGCCGGCAUCAAUGGUCUUGAAGCUGGCCAGUCUGCUGUCAUUGCUACCUCCAUCAUAAUAUUUAAUCUGAUAGAAUUGUUUGGUGACUGCUGGAAAAGCCACCUUUUUUCACUCUACCUGAUGCCUCCAUUUCUCUUCACAACCUUGGGUCUCCUGAAGUACAAUUGGUACCCAUCUCAAGUUUUUGUUGGUGACACAUUCUGCUACUUUGCCGGCAUGACCUUUGCCGUGGUGGGCAUCCUGGGCCACUUCAGCAAGACCAUGCUACUGUUCUUUCUUCCACAAGUGUUCAACUUCCUGUACAGUGUGCCGCAGCUCUUUCACCUGGUUCCAUGCCCAAGACACAGGCUUCCGAGAUUCUGUGCAGAGGAAGACAAAAUGGAAGCAAGCACAGUGCGGUUCCGGGUGUCCUCGCUUCAUCCUAUGGGGAAACUGGUGCUCCACUUCUAUCGAAGCUUAGGUCUGGUGCAGUGCAAACCAGUACACGAGAAAGACAGUGACGAGGUGGACUGCAGCAACUUCACGCUCAUAAAUCUUGUGCUCGUGUGGGGUGGCAAGCGGCAUGAGCAGUCGGUCACCACUGCGCUCCUCGCUAUCCAGGUUUGGUCCAGCGUUGUGGCAUUUGGCAUACGAUAUGGCCUUGCAAGGCUUUUUUAUGACUUCUAGUCCACCUCCAUCUUUCAAAAACUUUUUUCUGCAGUUUUUUAAUAAUAAAGUUGUUUUUUCACACA